AUGCAGAAGUGUGAAGAUAUCUUACCACACAUGUCGUACUACUCCAAUAUGUCGGACCUCGGGCGCAUCGCUCGUGGAGACGUUAUCGAAAGCGUCAACGGCGUUGAGAUCGAAAAGAGCAAGUCGGAACUUGAAGCCACAGGAGGGUGCGUGCGACUGGCGGUGAGGAGCAAGGAAGGAGAGCGAGCUACAGUUGUCAUCAGGAGGCAGCCAGCGCUUGUUCCCGAUCAGUCACACCAGCAAGCGACCGCAGGCAUCGGCGUGCGGAUCGACAGAGAGGAAGGGAAGGAGGAGAUCGUUGUGAUCUCAGUGCCGGAAGUCGGAGCGGCUGGUCUGGGAGGAGAGCUGAGGGAAGGGGACGUGCUAUUGGAGGUAGACGGCAGGGACGUCAAGGGCCUGAGCUGUAAGGAUAUCGCUCCUCUCCUUCAGGGAGAAUCGUUCAGCAGAGUCUUCGUGUCGGUAGUCAGACCCCCGUCAAAGGACAAGCUUCGCAUCGGGAUCGUUAGGCAGCCAGCGUACGACGUGUCACUGUUGGAGCAAAUCAGAGAGUACAAGAAAGCUGUCAAGGCAGAGGAGGAGAAGAUGCAGCAGGCUGAAGGAGAGGCUGCGUGCUUCUUCAUCGACUACAAGGGGCCCAGUGACGCGAUGGGACGGCCGGUGGUGAUGGACGGGGCUGAGAGGGGAGCCCCCAAGGGGAAGAAGAAGACCAAGGGGGAGGAGAAGGCAGCCAAGUUUGCGGCGAAGCAGGCGGCGAAAGCGGCGAAGGAGGCGGAGGACAGCACUAAGGGAGAGAAGGCGCCGAAGAAGGAGGCGAAGAAGAAGGAAAAGGCGCCUGAGGAGGUGGUGGAGGACGACAACACGCCUCCCGGAGAGAAGAAGGACAUGAAGCGUCCUAUGCUCAACUCCUACUCCCCCAAGCACGUCGAGGCAGCAUGGAACGAGUGGUGGGACAAAGCUGGGUUCUACCGCGCCGACGAGAACUCGAGCAAGGAGCGUUUCGUCAUGAUGCUUCCUCCCCCCAACGUCACGGGGACCCUCCACAUCGGCCACGCCCUCACCUGCUCGGUGCAGGAUACCAUCGCACGCUGGAGGAGGAUGAAGGGGUACAACGUGCUGUGGCUGCCGGGGACGGACCAUGCGGGGAUUGCGACGCAGGUGGUGGUGGAGAAGAAGCUCAAGAAGGAGAAGGGCGUGUCGCGCCAUGACCUCGGGCGCGAGAAGUUCGUGGAGGAGGUGUGGAAGUGGAAGGAUCAGUACGGUGCCACCAUCUGCUCGCAGCUGAGGAGGCUGGGGGCGUCUCUUGACUGGAGCAGGGAGGCGUUCACCAUGGAUGACAAGCUGUCGGCAGCUGUCAAGGAAGCCUUCAUGCGCUGGCACAAGGAGGGGUUGAUCUACAGGGCCCAGCGCCUCGUCAACUGGGACGCCCAGCUGAAGUCAGCUGUGUCUGACCUGGAGGUAGACUACAUCACUCUAGAGCAGCCCGAGAAGCUCUCUGUCCCCGGCUACGACCGCAAGGUCGAGUUCGGCAUGUUCUGGGAGUGGGCGUACAAGGUGGACGGAGAGGAACAGGAAGUAGUGAUCGCCACGACUCGUCCUGAGACGAUGCUCGGAGACACUGCAGUUGCAGUUCACCCCGACGACGAGAGGUACAAGAGCCUGCACGGAAAGUUCCUCCUCCACCCCAUCACCGGCAGAAAGAUGCCGAUCGUACUGGAUGCGGAGCUGGUGGACAUGGAGUUUGGGACGGGAGCCGUCAAAGUCACUCCUGCUCACGAUCCCAACGACUUUGUCACUGGGCAGAAGCACAAGUUGGAAUUUGUCAACAUCCUCAACGACGAUGGCACGUUGAAUGCGAACUGCGGGAAGAAGUAUGAAGGCAUGCACAGGUUCCAGGCAAGGUACGAGAUCAUUAAGGAUCUCACUGCCCUCGGCCUCUACAAGGGCUCCCGUCCUAACCCCGGCAUGCGCCUCGGCCUCUCCUCGCGCACCAAGGACGUCAUCGAGCCUGUCCUGAAGCCCCAGUGGUGGGUCGACUGCAAGCAGAUGGCGGCAGACGCCAUGGAGGCGGUCAACGACGGCAGGCUCAACAUCCUCCCCGCCCAGCACAAGAGGAAGUGGUUCGACUGGCUGGGGAACAUCCGAGACUGGUGCAUCUCCAGGCAGCUGUGGUGGGGGCACAGGAUUCCUGCGUACUACACGAUGAUGGAGGGGGAGGAGCGGAAGAUUCCUAAGGACGAGAACUUCGACCGAUGGAUCGUCGCGUCCUCGGAGGAGGAAGCGCUCAAGGCUGCACAGGAGAAGUUCCCGGGGAAGAACGUUAUCGGUGCUUCAGGACGAGGACGUGCUUGACACGU